AAACAACGUUGACAUGGCUACACAUUUCGACAGCAAACUCACUCAUUUAGCUGUUACUUCUCCUCUAGAUUCAAAGACAGGCCGUUCUUCAUCGAGAAGGCAAAGACGGAACGUCACUUUAGCAGCCAAGUUUUCCCAAUCUCCAACAAAUGACACACAAGCUCAAGUCCAACCGUCCGAUCUCAGCCAGUUGAGCCAUCCACAAGCUGAAGAUGAAGUGUACGGGACUAUUCAGAGCCGCGAUGUGACGACAGACGAGAUUUACGAGCAACUUCAAAGGAUGAAAUUCGAACACAGAAAAACUCUUCGUCAGAUAGAAGCGGUUUAUAACAGAGCUCGUGGUCUAGCGGAUACUCAAACAAACUUGACGUACAGAGAGUCAGAAGAAAGAAUAGAAACAACAGAUGAAGAUGAACGUCAAGAGCCUGUGACUGCACUUGAAAACACGCAGCAAACAGGAGAUUGUGGGAAGGAGACAGAAUGUGAUGAAAGUGUUGGUUGUAGUGUAGAGAAUGGCUCAUCUGAUGGAACGGAUACGCCUUGGAUGGAUGACGACGAGGAGGCUGACUGGAGAACACUUCGAUGGAUGGCUGAAGAUAAACUCGUUGACAUGUCGCAAGAUCAUCAGCAAACGGAAGAGACAGAUAGAGAUGAGUCAUCUGGGACUGAGAGUUUAGAGGAAGACAAACAUCAACCAGAAGAGACAAGUGGAUUUAGCUCCCAAAUAGAUGAUGAAUCACCAAUUGUUAAGGCUGUGCAGGACAUGUGGCAGGAUUUCUCAGUAGAUGAUUAUCGGUUUGAGGAUGAUAAUAAAAGAAGUCAGUCUGAUGAAACCAAAUGGUUUCCUCAGAUCACCAUACCAGAGCCAUUUCAGAUGACAAUACGAGAGGAAACAAAAGCCCUUAAAACUGGAAAGAAGAAAUCAAAGGUGGCCGAAGAGCUGGAAGAGAAGCGGCUGCAAAAAGAAGCGGAAGAAGAAGCCGAACUAAGAAAGAAGUUCAAAGCACGGCCAAUGCCAGCGAGUGCAAUGGUUCCUCUAUAUGAAGAGAUGCAAGAGAGGGAUGAGAUGAGAAGAGCUCACAUGAAAGCAAUGAGCAGGCAACUUCUUCAAUCAACUGAAAAACCAUUUAGUUUUAUAAAGAGAGAACAAAAGAGAAAGCUGCAGCGUCGGCAAGCAGCUCUUCAAAAACUUGCAGAGAGUCAAGUGUGUCAUACAAGAGUAACGAAAGCCAGGCCUGUCCCUAAAGAAAUAUUUGAUCCUCACAUUGACGAGGAAAUUAAAGAAGAAGAAGAGUACAGGAGAAUACGGAUUAAAAUGAGAGCUGAAGAAAUGUUGGCAAAAGCCUCUCUGCCAUCCAGCAUGAAGGUAAAAGGCAGACACUAUACUGUGGGCAACCUUCGAUAUAACCUCUUGAAAAAUAGAGAAAAACAAGCUUUUCUAACUGAGGACCAUCGAUUUCAUCCAAAAGUCAAUCAGGCUGUGCCUGAUUUUGAUGAGCAGCGUGAAAAGUUUGAUCAAGAAAUGGCAGCUCUUAAACGGGAGAAUCAAACGACAACAGUGGAGCCGUUCUAUUUACGUACAGAAUUGAUACCAAGUCACAAGCAACGUGUGUUGAAUGACAUAGAACAAGACAAGGACACUCUUCCUGAAACGCGAUGGCCUUUUACUUUACCACGUAAACGAGUUCAUCUACACCCCGGAACGACGUAUAUUGCCUCACCAGAUAGUAUGAUCUCGAGGUCAACCAAAUCUUCUGAGUUGAGAGAGAACAGCACACGAAGCAGUCUGAAUGAAACUCAACUGAAAGAGAACAGAGAGAAGGCAGAAGAGUUGCAUCUUGCAGCCAAACAGAGAUUACUAGCGAAAGCAGUUGCUAAGAAGUCAAAGGUCAAUGAUCACAGAGACCACUUGAAACGAUCUUCAAGGCAAAAGCUGAUUGAAUUCUUAGAGAAUGACCAAGAGAGAAAGAUAGAAUACAGACGGGAACUAGAAGAGAUGGAGGAUCGUCUCAGUAGGAGACCAUUUCUAUUCGAACGAGAAUCUCAAAUCAAUGCUCGACGUGCAGCACAACUGAAAUACACAAGAGCACUGAGAAAUGCUGGACUAGACGACAGAACAAUUGACGAGCUUGAUGGAUACAAGGAUGACAGCCGACAGGCUUCAGUAGCUCUAGCAAGAGGAAGACGAUUAGAACAGGUUGAAGAUUAUCAUCAAGACAGUGACCAAGAUGACAGUGACUCAGCUUAAAAUAUAUAAUUCAUAAUAUUAGAAAUUUAUUAGAAGUAUAAUGUCGUGCUGAGUACGUAGUUCUUAUUACUGGUGUG